AUGGCGAAACCUGUCAUCGUCAUAAUACCCGGUGCCUGGCACAGACCGAAGCACUACCAAUACCUUAUUGAUGGUUUGAUAGCAGCUGGCUAUGAGGCUGUAGGGGUGACAUUGCCCUCUGUCGAUUCUAGCCCUCCCCAUCCUAGCUGGGAUCAAGAUGCUGAAGAAAUUCGCCGGGUGAUUCUACAGUACCUGGAUCUCGGCAAGGAUGUCAUCACUAUUGCCCACUCAUUUGGCGGAGUUGCCAUGUCUGAGGCUGUCAAAGGACUAGGAAAGCAGGAUAGAGAAGAAGAGGGUUUAAAGGGCGCCGUCUUACAGCUAGUCUAUAUGUGUGCUAUGGCGUUGCCCCAGGGCCAGACACAUGUCGGUCAGAUUAUGCCGGCAACACCCGAGGAAGAAGAGAUUGAGCGUAAGCGCCAAGAGCUACAGGCCAAAUAUGGUGGCAUGAAAUUUACAGAGGAUGGAGCCAUGGUGCUUGAGGGAGAACACCUGGGAGAAGUGUUAUAUACCGGCUGUGAUCCCGCGGAUGUCAAGAAAGCAGUUGAUCUGCUAGGAUCCUUCCCAUCAGGCCCCCUCACUGUGCCAGCGACCUAUUCAGCAUUCAAAGAAAUCUCAAGCACAUACAUUGUGUGCAAAAAUGACCAGGCUUUGCCGGUCUCUAUACAGAGAAGAAUGAUUGCUCAGGGUGAAGGUGCUUUUCAUGUUGUGGAAUGUGAUGAGGGUCACUCGCCGUUUUUGAGCAAUCCGAAAUUUGUCGUAAAUUGCCUCCGAAAGGUGGCUGGAGAAGAAGUCUAA